AUGACCCAUCAUCACCGGCGGGAGUCUUUCUCGGUAACCAUCUCCAACAUGGGAGGUGGUUCCGUGGUGAUUUGUCCUAAUACCGACCUUCUUUGGCCAUUUGGGAAGCUUGAUGGGCUUGACCGGGAAGAUAUCCGUGAAACAGCUUAUGAGAUCUUCUUCACGGCUUGUCGGUCAUCACCGGGGUUUGGAGGCCGGACCGCUCUUACGUUCUACUCUUCGCAUAACGGUAACGACCAUCAUGGAGACGGAGGAGGAGGAAUAGGAUCCGGCGGCUCACAUGGUCCCGGAUUUGGGUCUUCAGGGAGGAAAGAGGUGGUGACAACCCCGACAAGCCGCGUGAAACGGGCAUUGGGCUUAAAGAUGCUUAAAAGGUCUCCGUCUAGGCGAAUGUCGACAAUAGGAGCGGCUGGAGGAGCUGGGACAACUUCAUUGUCUCCUGGUGGCGGAAUGAGUACUGGAUCAGGCCACAUUAGCCCUGGAGCCGGGUUCUUGACGGUCCCGGCUUCUCGGCCUAGAAGGCCUUUAACCUCGGCGGAGAUCAUGAGGCAACAAAUGAGGGUGACAGAACAGAGUGAUAGUCGGCUUCGGAAAACCCUACUGAGGACUCUUGUCGGUCAAACUGGUAGACGAGCAGAGACGAUAAUCUUGCCGUUAGAGCUUCUCCGGCACCUGAAAACAUCAGAGUUUGGCGAUGCACAUGAGUACCAGCUUUGGCAACGAAGACAACUCAAAGUCCUUGAAGCUGGUCUUCUCCUUCAUCCAUCGAUUCCUCUAGACAAAACCAAUAACUACGCAAUGCGUUUAAGGGAAAUCGUUAGACAAAGCGAGAACAAAUCCAUUGACACAAGCAAAAACUCAGAUACAAUGAGAACACUUUGCAAUGUCGUAGUCUCUUUAUCUUGGCGUAGUACUAAUGGAAACCUGACCGAUGUUUGUCACUGGGCUGAUGGUUAUCCUCUCAACAUCCAUCUUUACGUAGCAUUGUUACAGUCGAUAUUCGAUGUCAGGGACGAGACAUUGGUGCUCGAUGAGAUCGAUGAGCUUCUAGAGCUAAUGAAGAAGACUUGGUCUACACUAGGAAUCACAAGACCGAUACAUAAUCUAUGUUUCACUUGGAUUUUGUUUCAUCAAUACGUCGUGACAUCACAAAUGGAACCGGACUUGCUCGGCGCCUCUCACGCUAUGCUAGCUGAAGUUGCUAAUGACGCUAAGAAGCUUGACCGCGAAGCUCUCUAUGUAAAACUCUUGACCUCGACAUUAGCCUCUAUGCAAGGAUGGACCGAGAAAAGGUUAUUGAGCUACCAUGAUUAUUUCCAAAGAGGCAAUGUUGGAUUGAUAGAGAAUCUUCUACCAUUGGCAUUAUCAUCAUCAAGAAUCUUAGGAGAAGAUGUGACAAUUUCUCAAGGGAAAGGACAAGAGAAAGGCGAUGUAAAAUUGGUCGAUUAUUCAGGAGAUCGCGUCGAUUAUUACAUUAGAGCGUCUAUCAAAAACGCAUUUUCUAAGGUGAUAGAGAACACGAAAGCGAAGAUGGCAGCAACAGAGGAAGGAGAAGAAGCAGCAGCGACAUUGUUGCAGUUAGCUAAAGAAACAGAGGAGUUAGCGUUAAGAGAACGCGAAUGUUUCAGCCCGAUACUCAAGAGAUGGCAUUCUUUUGCUGCUGGUGUUGCUUCAGUGUCACUUCAUCAGUGUUACGGCUCGAUCUUGAUGCAAUAUUUGGCAGGAAGAUCGUUUAUCUCGAGAGAUACUGUUGAGGUUUUGCAGAUAGCAGGGAAGCUUGAGAAGGUUUUAGUGCAAAUGGUGGCUGAAGAUUCAGAAGAAUGCGAUGACGGUGGAAAAGGACUGGUUCGAGAGAUGGUUCCUUACGAAGUUGAUUCGAUUAUAUUGCGGCUUUUAAGGCAAUGGAUCGAAGAGAAGUUGAAGAAAGUUCAAGAAUGUUUGUUUAGAGCAAAGGAGACAGAAACAUGGAACCCGAAGUCCAAAUCGGAACCUUACGCGCAGUCCGCAGGAGAAAUGAUGAAGCUAGCGAAAGAUACAAUCGAUGAGUUCUUCGAAAUCCCUAUCGGAAUUACAGAGGAUCUAGUUCAUGAUCUUGCUGAAGGGUUAGAACAACUUUUCCAAGAAUACACAACAUUCGUCGCAUCUUGCGGUUCAAGACAGAGUUACAUUCCUACAUUACCUCCUCUUACAAGAUGCAACAGAGAUUCAAGAUUCGUUAAACUAUGGAAACGAGCUACACCGUGUACUGUCUCUAGAGAAGAAUUCAGCCACACCGCGCCAGCGAUUUCCGAUGGUCACCAUCCGCGACCAUCGACAAGCCGCGGGACUCAGCGUCUCUACAUUCGUCUUAACACAUUGCAUUUCCUAAGCUCACAUAUCCAUUCUUUAAACAAAACACUCUCAUUAAACCCGAAAGUACUUCCCGCGACCCGAAAACGCUACCGCCAUCGAAACAACAACAAUUCGUCUUCUUACUUCGAUUUCACAUACGCUGGAAUCGAAUCCGCUUGCCAACACGUUUCAGAAGUGGCGGCUUACCGAUUGAUUUUCCUCGACUCAAACUCUGUUUUAUACGAGAGCCUAUACGUAGGAGAGGUCGCGAACGCGAGGAUCAGACCAGCUUUAAGGACAAUGAAACAGAACUUGACAUUAAUGUCAGCGAUCCUCGCGGAUCGAGCUCAAGCAUUGGCGAUGAGAGAGGUUAUGAAGUCGUCAUUCGAAGCGUUCUUGAUGGUUCUCUUAGCUGGAGGUUACUCACGAGUGUUUUACCGGUCGGAUCAUAGUCUGAUCGAAGAAGAUUUCGAGAAUUUGAAGAGGGUUUUUUGCACUUGCGGCGAAGGAUUGAUACCAGAAGAAGUUGUGGAUAGAGAAGCAGAGACAGUGGAAGGAGUGAUUCAGCUAAUGAGUCAACCAACAGAACAACUUAUGGAAGAUUUUAGCAUUGUGACGUGCGAAACAAGUGGUAUUGGGAUGGUUGGUUCCGGACAGAAGCUACCGAUGCCUCCGACUACAGGAAGGUGGAACCGGUCGGAUCCGAACACGAUCUUGAGGGUUCUUUGUCAUAGAAACGACCGUGUUGCUAAUCAGUUCUUGAAGAAAUCGUUUCAAUUGGCUAAACGAAGGUGA